AUGAAUAAUAAUAUAAAUGAUGUAAAUAAUGGAACAAAUAUUUUACAAAGUAUUGAUUCCACUGAUUUGGAAAAUAAUGAUGAUUCGAAAAAUGAUACAGAAAAUAAAUUUGAUAAAAAUGAUACUGAAAGUGGUAAUAGUGAAUCCGAAAAUAAUGAUAAUGGAAUGAAUACCAAUGAUAUUGUACAUAAUAUCAAUAAUUUUGUAAAUGAUGACAAUGAAGAAGUUAAUGGACUAGAAAAUAAUAUAAAUAAUACAGCAAGUGUUGACAAUGAUUUCGAAUACGAUAUUAAUAAUAAUAAAAAUAUUACAGAAAGUAAUGAUUCAGAAUCUGAUACAGAUGAAAAUAGUACUGGUACUAGUAAAAAAGAUAAUUCAGAAGACAAAAUUGAUAAUGAUACAAAUAUUAUAGAAAAUAAUGAUUCAGAUUUUGAUACAGACGAAAAUAUUAAUAGUGAUUCAGAAGAGAAUGAUGAUAAUACAAAUAUUAUAGAAAAUCGAACUGACAAUACAAAUGGUAAUGAGAACGAUGACAAUGGAGAAACAAAAACAAAAAAUGAUCUAGGAAAUGAUACAACGAAAAGUGGUGAUUCAAAUUUUGAUACAGACGAAAAUAGUACUGGUACUGAAAUUGAUGAUUCAGAUUCUGAUACAGAAGAAAAUAGUUCUGGUACUAGUACAAAAGAUGAUUCAAAAGACAAUAUUAAUAAUGAUACAAAUAUUACAGAAAGUAAUGAUUCAGAUUCUGAUACAGAAGAAAAUGAUAAAAGUAAUGAAGCAAAUGGAAUGAAUGAAACGAAUAGUAAUUCAUCAAUUGAUACAAAUGGUGCAGAAAACAAUGAUAACAUUGAUGAAGAAAUUGACGCUAAUGGCAAUAUAAUUUCAAAUGAUACAAAUGAUACAAAUGAUACAAAUGAUACAAAUGAUACAAAUGGUAAUGAAACCGAUGACAAUGAAGAAACAAAAGCGAGUGAUAACAAAAAUUCAGAAGACAAUUUUAAUAAUGAUACAAACAGCAAUGAUUUAGAUUCUGAUACAGAAGAAAAUAUUGCAGCAGGUGAUAAUUAUGCUACGGGAGAUGAUGAUAGUAAUGCAAUUGAAAAUGGUAACGAUGAAAAUAGUACAAAUAAAUCUACCGAUGGUAAUUCGGCUGAUACAACCGAAGAAGAAAAUAAUGGCAAUAAUGAAGAAAUUGAUAAUACAGAUGAGAAUGAUGAUAAUACAAAUAUAAAAAAUCGCAUCAAUAUUCCAGAUACAAAUGAGACAGAAAACAAAAGCAAUAAUGUAGCAAGCAGUACCGACGACAUUGGAACUAUUAAUCAAGAAACAAUUGGUAGCAAUGAUUCAGUAAACGAUAUCGACAAUAUUACUAAUGAUACAAGUGAUAAAAAUACCAAUGAUGCUGAAAACAAUAUUACUGAAUCGGAAAUUAUUGCAAAUGAUACAGAAAAUAGUACCAAAAAUUUAGAAAACGUUACCAAUGAUGAUAACAAUAAUUUAGAAAAUGACGAUGAUGAUAUGAGUUCUAAUAAUUCAGUAACUGAUACCAGUAAUAGAGAAGAUAAAAGUGAUAAGAAUUCCUCCAAUCAUAUAAAUAAAACUAAUGGUCCAAAUGAUAAAAUGCAACUCGAUAAAAAUGGAAUACAAUCUGAAGAGAAAAAUCCUCAAAUUGAUGACGACUCAAAAAAAGAAAUUGUUGGCAAUCAAAAUAUAAAUAAUCAAGAUAAAGAUAUUAAUUCUUCCAAUGAAAAUAAAAUAUCCCAUAAAAGAGAAAAUUUUAAAAUUGAAAACGAAUCUCCACCAAUGGUACCAAGUGACGGUACUUAUGUGCCAAUUGUUUUUAAAAAAGCCAAGAAAAAAUGGUUCUUCAAAGGUGAGGCUUUAAAAGUAAAAGUUAAAAAAGUAAAACCUUCCAAUAAUGAAAAGGAUAUUCCAAUUCAAAUAAAGAAAGGACGCAUAAAUGAUCCUUAUAAUUCACAAAAAACAAAACCAGGUCUAUUUCGACGUUUUAUAAAUAAAAUUAAAAGCUUUUUUGGAUAUAGAAAUACAAAUGAAAUAUCAACAGCUGAAAGUAAUUUUAGCAAUGAUAAUAAUAAAACAUCCAAACCAGGUCUAUUUCGACGUUUUAUAAAUAGAAUCAAACGUAUUUUUGGAUUUGGAAAUAAAAAAUCUGAUCAAAAUAAUGUUUUUAAUCCUAAAAUUGAAGAUAGUAUUGUAAAUAUGUCAAACUCUAAUGAUAAUUCAAUUAAAGAUGAAAAAAAUCCAAAAGAAUCUCGUCCAGGUCUAUUCAGACGUUUUAUAAACAGAAUUAAAAGAUUUUUUGGAUUUGGAAAGAAAAAACAGGACUCGAAAAAAUUGAAACCAGGUUUCUUUCGACGUUUCAUAAAUAGAAUUAAACGUAUUUUUGGAUUUGGAAAGAAUGACAAGAAGAAAAAAUCAAAUACUGUAAAUGAUUUAAAUAAUAAUUCUAAAACUGAAAAUAAUACUGAUGAUAAUAAUUUAAAUGAUGAAAUUGAUUUAAUUGAUACUAUUGUUGUCAAAGACGUGAGUAAUGAAGAUGAAGAACCAAAAAAUCCUAACGAUCUCAUAAGAAUGGAUAAAGAAACAUUAAAAAAUGUUAUUGAAAGAGAAUUAAAGAAAUUUAAAGAUCAGCUUUUUUAUGUUUAUGAUGACUUUGAGAAUCCAAUAGAAUUAAAUUUAGCAAUGCCCGAUUUAAAUGCAUUAAAUUUAACAAAAGAUUUAGAUAAAUCCACUGUACUUUUUCAUCUUUUUACCAAAAAUAAUAAAUCACAUUACGAUCCAUUGGAAGUUGGAAAUAAUGAAAUAUUCAAUGUUAGCCAUUUUAGUCCAUCAAGAUCCACUGUUUUUAUAACUCAUGGAUUUUUGUGCUCGAAUAAAGGUGUAUCUGUAACAAUGAUUAGAGACGCUUUUUUGAACACAAGAGACUUUAAUGUAAUUACUGUUGACUGGAGUAGAAUUUCAAGAGAACCUUAUGUAACAGCUCGACUUAUGGUACCAGCUAUAGGCAAAUAUAUUGCAAAAAUGAUCAAUUUUUUGGUCGAAAAUCAUAAUAUGAAAAUUGAUAAAACUAUUUUAAUUGGUCAUUCCUUAGGUGCUCAGAUUAUGGGCUUUGCUGGUAAAUUUAGUUCACAAAAAGUAAAUCAUACAAUUGGAUUAGAUCCAGCGAGAAUGUUAUUCAGUAUGGUUGACAAUAAUCAAAGAAUAUCAAGUGACGAUGCAAAUUAUGUUGAAAUUAUACACACAAAUGCUGGUGUAUUAGGUUUUUCAACACCAACUGGCGAUUAUGAUUUUUAUCCAAAUGGAGGAACUUUACAAAAUGGAUGCACCGUACCAGAAUUAUAUGAUGCAUGCUCUCAUAAUCGUUCUUUUAAAUAUUUAGCUGAACAAUUAUUAAGAUUAGGUCCCGAAUAUUAUGCACUACAAUGUGAAUCAUAUGGAAAAUUUUUAACUAAACAAUGUACUGAUAAUAAUAUAACAAUAAUGGGUGAAUUGGAACGUGUUCCAGCGGUAAAGGGAAAAUAUUUUCUUCAAACAAGAGCCAAUUCACCUUAUGGAAUGGGGCCCAAUUUUAGAAGACUUACACAUUAAUUAUUUCCUUCCAAAAAAAAAAAAAAAUAAAAUUGUUUUUUUACUAUUAAAAAAAAUAGAAUAAAAAAUAUUUAAUAUGGUGGAGGAUGUUUGAAUUUAUAUAAAAAUUUAAACAGAAGAUGUGAA